AUGCAGUCGGACGACGUGAUCUGGUCGGUGAUCGGCCACCAGUUCUGCUCGUACAAGAUCAAGUCGACGACGCAUUCGACAUUCUGCCGCAAUGAAUACAACCUGACCGGUCUGUGCAACCGGCAGUCGUGCCCCCUUGCGAACUCGCGCUACGCGACGAUCCGCGAGAAAGAGGGUGUGGUCUAUUUGUAUAUCAAGACGCCGGAGCGUGCGCACUCGCCGCGGAGGCAGUGGGAGCGUGUGAAACUCUCGAACCGGUAUGGCACUGCUCUUGAGCAGAUCGACAAGGAGCUCAUCUACUGGCCGAAUUUUAUUGUGCACAAGGCCAAGCAGCGUCUGACCAAGAUUACGCAGUACCUGAUCAAGAUGCGCAAGAUUAAGUUGAAAGAGGAGGAACAACCCGAGCUCGUCGGUAUCAAGAAAAAGACGGAGCGCCGCGAAGCGACGCGCGAAGUCAAGGCCCUGCGCGCCGCCAAGCUCGAAAAGUCGAUCGAAAAAGAGCUGCUCGACCGUCUCAAGCGCGGCGCAUACGGCGACGCGCCGCUCAAUGUCAACGAAGAUGUCUGGAACGCAGUCCUCGAAAAUGCCCAGGCGCGCGUCCCGAACGAGAACGGCGAGGACGUUGCGCUCGAGGAGGAGCUCACGGACGAAGAGGAGGAGGAAGACAUCGAGGAAAUGGACCGCAACAUGCGCGAUAUGGACGAAGACGACUAUGGCCAGCGCGAGUUUGUCAGCGACGACGAAGAGUCCGACGACGACGACGACCUCGAGGAUAUGUACAGCUCCGAGGCGGACAGCGACGAGGAGUCCGAGGAGGACUCGGAGGACGAAAAGCCCAAGGGCGGCAAGCGCAAGGCGCCGCGCCGCGACCCCAAGCCAUUCAAGCGCCCGGAUGCCCGCGACAAGCGCGGCCGGCCCAAGCUCGAGGUCGAGUACGAGCAGGAGACCGAGCCGCUCACGGCCGAGCAGGUGGCCAACUGGUAG